AUAUAAUAUAUACAUGAGUUCCUAGUCGUAUAUUUUUUCGACCCAUAUAAUGACAUAUUGCCCGAGUUAAUCGGGAAAUGUGUUUAUUAUAAAUACUUUGCUGCUCGGUAUUAUAGUUUUAUCCAUUUAAAAAUUUUUAAUAAAUGACUCAAUUAUAAUAUGUUGGCGUUUGCGCACAGUUAUGGACUGUAGCUUAACGAUAUUACAGUAUACACCACCAAACAAUAUAACGUUAUGUAAUAUUAUCAAAUAGGUAAUAAUAGGAAUUAUGAUUUAUGAUUAAUGACAGAAAUCGUAUCAAAUAAAAAAUAAAAUUUUAAUUAUAAAUUCAAAACCAACGUUGAGAGAGGAGGUGCAAGCAUAUUAUUAUAAUCCCUAGGAUUUAACGCUAAUCGUACGCAUUAAUACGUAGGUACUCUCUGUAACGUUUAACCGUGGUUUUAUACUUUUUGCAUUGUAUACUAUAAAAAUAUAACAUACAUUUAGUGGUUAUAGAUCAGUGGUUACAAUUUACAAGUCCCAAGUUACUCAUUAUAUUACCAUAAUGUAUUGUGUAUGACCUAUAAUGAUAACAAAUAUAAAGACAACAUGUUCAUAAAUUAUGUAACGAAUUUUCCACUUCUGGUCAUAUUAUCAUAGGUCUGCGUCAUAUUCUUCAAGCACUUCUUACGUUUAAUAAAAUUAUAUGAAUUAUAUUAGACGUAAUAAUAUCUAUUCUCCGCUGCACUUACUUUAAAUGCUUAAGUGUCUAUAUCUACUUAAUAAUUAACUAGUUAAAUAGUAUAGGUAUACGAUAUAAAAAUUAUAUAGAUAUCGACAUUUUCAGUUCAAUACUCGGUGAAGACCGCUUAUACAACGAAUACCAAAAAAAAACAUAGGUACCUAUUUUAAAUUGAAAUGAUAUAUUCACAAACGACCAUGCAGGUUACGCACUACUAAUGACGAAAUCACUGGUUAAUAUUGGGGAUUUACAAAAUUAUACGCCUCGUCGAAAUCGUUGAGAAUAAAAUAUACAGGUAAGUACACCAAAUAUUCGUAUGAGCGAUUAAUAUUGUGUACACCGUAAUAUACAUCAUAUUACACGUUUGCCUAUUAAACAUAUCCAUAACCAACUGCCCAGCUAUCCAUAUAUUACCAUGUUAUUAUUAAUAUUAUUAUUGUUGCCAUUGUAGGUAGAGAUUUUGAGGUAUACAUCGCGUUCACUCCCUAAAACGGUUAUAUAAGGUCUAAUUAAUGAUAUCUUAUUGCGCCACUACAAUAUUGUCGAGAGACCAUCUCCCACAUAAUGACUCAAAAUUAUGUCAUGCAUUCAAGAUUCUUUACCAGGAAUAGCACACAGAGUUUUCAGAAAAACUGCCCAGAACAACAAGCUGUGUUUAUAUUUAGGAAACAGAGAUGUAGUGGUGUCCAACAGUUCGUCCACAAAAAUACACGGGAUCGUAUUAGUGGAACCAGAUCUAUUGAGGGACACAAAGAAAAAGGUGUUCGGGCAAAUAACAUUAACUUUCCGGUAUGGAAGAGAAGACGAGGAAGUAAUGGGAUUGAAAUUCUGUAACGAAGCAAUCAUGUGUUUAGCGCAAAUUUAUCCACCUCACGAAAAUGCACAACGCGAACAAAAUACACCGUUACAGGAAAUGUUAAUACAAAGACUGGGAAGCAAUGCUCAUGCGUUUUCAAUGGAAAUAACUCAUUUAGCUCCUCCUAGCGUCCAAUUAGUUCCUGCCAAAGAAUACAACGGCGCUCCAAUAGGAACUAGUUACGAUAUACGAGUAUAUAUAGCCGAAAGGGCAGACGAGAAGCUACAGCGAAAAAAUAUUGUAAAAAUGGGUAUCAAAGUAGUGCAAAUGGCUUCAGCGCCACCACCACCCACACCAACACCCAGAUCAGAUCAACCAAAAGGAUGGCGUCAAAGAGGACCACAAGCUACUUCAGAGAAACCAUUUUUACUUAGCGAUGGUAAAGUUACCUUAGAGGCGAACCUAGACAAAGCUAUUUAUACACACGGUGAUCCAAUUCACGUUAACAUCAGCGUGAAGAACACAAGUAAAAAAGCUGUCAGACGAAUAAAGGUGUUCAUCGUACAGCAUGUCGACGUAUGCAUGUUCAGCAACGGUAAAUUUAAGAACACAGUGGCAUCAGAUGAAUGUGCCGACGUACCAAUACCCGGUAAUGGGGGUUCACUCGAAAAGGAAUACCUGCUGCACCCUAUCAAGGCGAGAACCAAAAACUGGAUCGCACUAGAGGACUCGCUGGGGUCUGCCGUAAACAAGUCAGAGGGCACGUUGUCCAGCACUGUGGUAUGCGUGUCGCCAGAAGACAGAAACGUGUUCGCGAUUUAUGUCACAUAUUACGUAAAAGUCAAGCUUUUAAUAGGCGCCAUGGGCGGUCAGAUGUCACUCAAAUUACCAUUUACUUUGAUGCACACGCCUUCAAACACUUAUCCAGCAGAAUGCAAGGAUGCUUCGUGUACGUCGUUGGGACCCUGUCUAAUGGUGGACAGUAAAGAAGCAGCCAUGACAUCAGAGGAGCAGUGCACCAAUAACUUAGCACUCUGAGGAUUAAUCGAAUCGGCCGAUAAUCGAGAUAUUCGUUCGACACCAACAGCAACCACGGCCGAUCAAAAUGCCGAAGAUCAUCGUGAAGACAACCGUUUUAAAUUUAAAAGAAUUUUGUGUUGUUUCAACAACAACAGAUAGUGUUAGGGGGACCAACUGAAAAAAGUUUUAUUGUUAUUUUUUAUACUAAAUAAAACAGAUUGUAAAUAUGUAAUAGGUAUCUCUAUUCGAUUAAGUAAAAAACUAUGAUUGUAUAAUAGUUAAAAAUGUAAUUAGCAAAUAAUAUAAUACUUAUCAAAUUCAA